CUGUUAACAUCGUUUUCAUAUUCGCUAUGUAAUUUGGACUGAAAAUUAUAUAACAAUACGAAUAAAAAAUGCGAGUGCUACUAGUGAUUUUUGCUUUGUUGUUUUGCCUGUCGAUUUGCCAUGGAUAUCGUUUGCUCGGAAUAUUUCCAUUUCAUGGUAAAAGUCAUUUUGUUAUGGUCGAGCAAUUGAUGAAGGGCCUAGCCAGAAAGGGUCAUCAAGUCGACAUGGUCAGCAAAUUUCCUCUGAAGAAACCUUAUCCAAAUUACACCGAUAUCGUGAUAUUGCCAACAAAUGUGCAUUUGGUGAACAAUAUGUCGUUCGAACUAAUGCAAAAACUGAUUACCUCAAGUCCAGUAAACGCCGUUUCGACAUGGGCAGGAAACGAACUUUGUGACUUGUUAGGAAAUCCAGAAAUUAAAGAACUAGCUAAACCAAAGGAUCCACCUUAUGAUGCUGUAUUUAUAGAGGUUUUUGGUGCGCAAUGUUAUAGUGUCAUUGCUUACAUGUUAAAAGUUCCUUUGAUUGGUAUCAGCACGACGUCAUUGUACCCGUGGCUAUAUGACAUGAUCGCUCAACCUGAGAGCCUGGCCUUCGUGCCAAAUAACGUUAUAAGUUUAACCGAACCCAUGAAUUUCUGGCACCGUUUGUAUAACGUCGUGCACACAUUCUUCGACAAGUGGUACUUUAAUUAUCUUACGACACGGGAGCAAGACAGAAUAAUAAGGGAACACUUCGGGCCGGACGUACCGAGUGUACGGGAAUUGGAAAAGAAGGUGUCGCUGGUCCUCAUCAACUCUCACAUCGCGCUAAAUGGGAUACAGCCGAGGACAGCUGCUGCGGUAGACGUGGGGGGAAUCCACGUCCAGGACGAAGACGAAACAUUGCAACCUGAAUUAGAAAAAUGGAUGAAUGAUAGUAAAGAUGGUUUCAUUUAUUUCACUUUUGGCUCGAUGAUGAUGAUUGAGACUUUUCCACACGAGUUCCUGAGAAUGCUUUACGCCUCCUUAGGUAAAAUAGCACCCGUGCGGGUUAUAAUGAAGAUACCGAAGCCGGAAAAAUUGCCAGCCAAUUUGCCCGAAAACAUUUACAUUUCCCCUUGGAUGCCACAAAUUAAAAUAUUGAAACAUCCUAACAUAAAAGCCUUUAUCACUCACGGCGGACUCAUGGGCACGUUGGAAGCGAUAGUAUGCGGUGUCCCCAUGAUCGGUAUACCACUUUUCGCCGAUCAGUUUACAAAUAUCGACAGGUAUGUCGCUAGAAACAUUGCCUUGCGACUAGACAUCAGUACGAUUACCGAAAAAAGCUUCGACGCAGCCUUAAAUGCAAUCUUACGAGACCCCCUGUAUAGAGAAUCUGCGCGGAAAUUGUCUCAACGAUUCUUCGAUCAGCCAUUGGACGCUGUAGACACUGCUAAUUAUUGGGUCGAGUAUGUCAUUAAGUACGGUGAGGAUUGUUUGCGAUCGCCUGCGCUGGAUUUAACCUGGUGGCAAUUAUCCCUUAUCGAUGUUAUCGGAUUUCUUCUAUUUUGCGCAGCAAUCGUUGUCGCUACAGCGAUACUGCGUAACACAGUGUACGAUUCCGUGCUUUCCAAUUAUGACACAAGUUGAUACAACCGUACACAACUAAAAUGUUGUAUUCGAUGUCGUUAUUUAUAUCACUUCAUGAAUACCAAAUUUUUACAUUUCAUUACCACUUAUUUUUUUAAGAGUGAUACUCUGAUAAGAAGUUUCAAGUUUCGAAUAUAUUCGGACGUGUGUAUAAGAUAUUUUUCUUCAUUUCACUCUGAUGGUGAAAUAGAAAAACUAAUCAGUAUUUCAGCUACAAAUCGACACUGUGUAUUAAUAUUAUAUAUCACACAGUAUAUGACUGUGUUCCAACAAUGAAAAGCACCUAUAAUUACAUGUCUUUCUUAAUAAAGGUAUUAUUGAGGAGAAGUAAAUAAAGGAGAUUGCAUUUUUAUAUACAAAUCUCUUUGAUAUUCUCUAACAAAUAUUUAUUAAACGUAAUAUAAUUCUUUGACAGAUAUAGUUCUUCCCCCGUAUCUUAAUCUUACUUGCAGAAGCAUACGUUUAUACGAUGUUCUCCAUUAUGUACAGACACAUUUAUAUUAUUUUUGUAUUACACCAGGCAAAUAAAUAUAUUUGCACCUAUAAAAUCUAAGAGUUUAUGUAUUCUUUUUAUUGUCAUACAAUUGCUCAGAGUUCUCUUGUUUCAGUGCUGAAUUAAUCAAAUGUAAAAAGAUCAGGUGAACUAUUGUAAUUUAAAGGAUGUACCGUUAUUUAAAGUAAU